ACUCCACAUCCCGCCAUUUUUGGCGGUGAAAAAUUACAUGUUUGAAUUGCAGUAAACAAUUUCUUAACAGUGACUUGUAAUCUCCGGGAAUGAAUAUUUCAGUUAGUACCCUCUGCGUCGUGCUUGUUACGACUCUCUGAUGUCUUGAGAUGCCAUCAAAACAGCAAUUAGACAAGGCCGCUUGGCAGUGGGCUGAAACGACGGACCCAUCAUGCCAGGCAAAUGUAACUGAUCAACACGUACGGAUCUCGUAUAAGUUGACUGUGAAGCCUUGUAAACAGGGUACAUGCAGACGAAAUUGUCGGGGAAGUCCUCGCUGCUUGAAUGCGCUCGGUGAGAGUGUGUGGAUGGGUGAGAUCGACGAGAAGAAGUUUAGUGAUAUAGAAGAUCCAGAUGAAGAGAGAAGGAAAAAGGGUGCCUUCGUUGGUUUAAAGAAUUUAGGAGCCACCUGUUAUGUGAAUAGCCUUCUGCAGCUAUGGUUCCACAACCCAAACUUUCGAUUAGCGGUCUACAGAUGGCGCCCUAUGGAGGAAAAUGUCUGCACUGAUGAUGCCGUCGAUAACUGGAAGCCUUCAUCUAUUUGUGAACAUCUGCAGGGAAUCUUCGCCUUGUUAGAGCUAAGUGAGAGGAGGUAUAUAGACCCAGGAGAGUUUGUGACUUCCCUGGGCUUGGAUACGGGAUUACAGCAGGAUGUGCAGGAAUUCUCUAAACUUUUGGGUAAUAGAUUGCAAGACCAUGCUAACCCACAAGUAAUAGACGUUAUAUGCGAUCAGUUUCAAGGGACAUAUUCAUAUGUUACUACGUGCAAAGGUUGUGGUGGGUCAUCCGAUACACCGUCAAAGUUCUAUGAGCUGGAUCUAAACAUAAAAGGCCAUAAAACACUUCACGGAUGCAUCGAGGAGUUUUUGCAGGAGGAAGAGUUGGGGAGGGUGACAACAGUAUCACUGGCAGUAUGUUGCAACAGCAGGGAUUUAAUUUUUGAUAGAGCUACAGGUCAGAAGAAGAAGCUCAACAGCUGUAUACAGUUUCCAGAUGUACUCGAUAUGAGUCAAUGCAUCGGCGAAGCAGAACAAACAUCUGUGUAUGACCUGACGGCUGUGCUCAUCCACAGAGGCAUGUCUGCAUACGCCGGUCACUACAUUGCGCACAUAAAAGAAGCCAGCAGCGCCACGUGGUACAAAUUUAACGACGAAGUGAUCGAGAAGAUGAAGGGCAAGAAUCUGCAGCUCUACCAGGAUGAGGACGAGAUUGGCAGGCCUGACUGGAAUGCAAAGAAAAUGCGUGGAGUAAAGGGUAUUCUUACAUCUAAGGAUGCCUAUAUGCUUGCAUACACCAGACGAAAAUCGACAAAUGUAGAAGAGCCGCUUGUGGAGGUGGUGUCGGCGGUGGAUGCGCUCCCUGAUCGAGUGAAGAUCUACGUGAGCAAGGAUAACAGCAACUUUGAUGCAUGGAUGAAGGAGAUGAAGGCAAUGAAGGAUAAGAAUGUCACUUCAGGAUUAGCUAAGCAGAUGCAGGUGCGGGAGAUGUACAAUUUACUCCAAGAUAAGGAUGAAGUUCUACCCGACUGGAUAGCAGCACAGUGGAUUAGUGACUGGUUGGCUAAUCCCGACGCAGAGCGCUCAGUCGAUAACUCUGCACUGCUGUGCAGCCAUGGAAAACUGAGUCCAGACGAGAUCGUAAAAGCGAAGUGCAUUAGUAGUGAAGGUGCUGCAGUAAUAUAUGCAAAGUUUGGUGGUGGCCCACGACUCGCUGGCGACGUAUUGUGUCGAGAAUGUGUGAUAGAGAGGUGUCAAUCCAUCCAUGUCAAGGCUAAAGUAGCAACUGAUAGCAAAACCAUUACUGCUUUGCUUAAAAGGACGUGCAGCAGCACUAAGCAGUUUUGGGUAGGAAAGACGUCACUUCGUAGCUGGAGGUGUUUGGUGCUGCAACAUUACGGCAGCAGUAUUCAGGACAACUGUGGUGCAGAGGGAAGCGGAAACAGUGAAAAUAAACAGGAGCAGCAGCAGCAGCAGGAGCAGGCAGAAGCACAGAGUAGUAACGAAAAGAUAGAACGUCAGCACUCAUUGGAAAUGGAUGCAAAUGAUGGGUCUGCUCACCCAGAGAAUGAAACCACAAGCAUCUCUAGUGUUGAUGACAGGCUACAAGGCUUUAACGAGGACCUGUUGUGCAGUGGGCAUAGGCGACUGUGUGUGCAAGAAAACAGAAGAAAACUAGUCUCGAUUGAUGUAUGGUCUCGCUUGAAGGGAUACUUCCCAGAUGCUCCGGAGUUCAGUGCCUCUGCUCCUGUUUGCGAGAAGUGCUUGAGAACAUGUGAGGAGGCUCAGGAGCAGAAGGCUGUGCACAGAACCAAGGCAACAGAGCAGAAGCAGUUACUGUCAGACCUGUACGCCGACCGCAACCGUCCGUCGUGGGAUUCGACAACCACCAACCAGCUCUACUUGGUCAGCAGAGACUUUGUUAAUGAGUGGCGAAGAUUUAUCAAGGAGCCAUUAAGGUGGAAUCCAGUAUCAAGCUUAUCCAAUGAGCCACUGCUAUGUGCACAUGGAAAACUGCUGGUUCAGCCUGCAAGUUCAAUGGCAGACGUCGAUACUGACCUGUUUCUGUACGUGUGGCCCAAGGAGUGGCAGACGGUCCGCCAGCAGUUUGCUUUUGAUGUCGAGGUUGAGGUGUGCAGACUGGAAGACAAAGGAGGCCUUACGUUUUACACGAACCCAGAUGUUUGUGACGAGUGUAGGAUGGCACGACAGCAGCAACUCAUGCAGGAGAAGUGUGACUUUGUCAAUGAGCGCAUUUACAUCCGCCGGUUGACCUCUGACCAUGAAGAGGAGGAGACAUUGGGUACCGAAUAUCAGACUGAACAGACAGUAGAGGCACCUGCUCUCAUUGACGUGAACGUGCGGCGGAGUUCUAGAACACGGCGUUCACGGAAUGACAAGGAAGUCAUUAUUUCAUCUAGCGAUACCUUGCGUGACCUCAAGGUCAAGAUUAUGAAGCUCUUCUCUGUGCCACCGUUCGAUCAGCAUCUCGCAUUCAAUGGUGUGCAGUUGACUGAUGAGUAUGCGAAACUAGGAAACCUGCGGCUCUCACCAGGCUGCAUGCUUACACUAAAGGUCGACGAGCCAACUGAUGACCAGAGGAUCGUUAUUGAUGAUCUCCCACAAGCAUCUACACCGGAAACUGGAUUUAAAGGUACAGGACUGCUUGGCCACUGACGCACGCGAGCGGGAGCAGCGGCGCGGCGGACGGCUCGACUAGACGAGGUGUUCUCGUUCACUGCGAAAUCUGCGCUGCUAGUAGUGCGCACGGGGGCUUCAAGCUGCCUCCCUUUCCAUCCGUGUCGUACUCUCACGAUAGCUCGUUUCUUUUUUCACACGAGCUGUCGUCUCGAGGUGCUCUCAUUCGUCGCCGCGCGCGUGUUCGAAAUUGGGCACUUUUGCGUUGAUCAGUCGUAACAUCUAACUUAACUGGUACUCAUGUAUUGGAGAAUGUGCGCUAGUGCGUGUGCGUCUAGCAAGGCUAUUGGAUGGUCUUAACCGGUGAACUCUCUUACAUAAGUAGUGAACCCACAAAUGAGAGAUGUAUCGUUUGUAGAAACUCAUAACAGCGACAGAGAGGAACAGCUAGCUACUCGAACUUCUAUGUAAUAUAAAGUGAUUGUGGCCGAGCAGGAUCACGUAAUAAGCUCAGUAUCCAUUAUUCGUUUCCGAUACGCUCAUAUAAUCUACACGUAUACAUGUAUAUAGCGCUAAUUACGUUUCGACGUGUUUGGAAAUCACAUAAUUAUGACGUCCGUCUGUCUGGCGAUAGACAGCGGAGUUUUUUGUGCGAAUAUAAUUCUCUCGUACGUCGCUUACAUUGGCGGUAGUGGCGAUGGCGACGGUUGCAGCCGUAGUUUGCGUUUACACGAAAAUGCGUUUGUCCACUAUGACCUGUGUUUACCUGUUGGACUCAAAGAGGCUGACUGGACUUUGUUUUAUUUACAUUUACAAGAACCUGGUGAGGUAGAGCUCAUAGCCUUCACGGUUAUGAGAAUGGUGGCAAGGUUAUUCUAGACAAUCGAGAGUUUGAUAAUAUUAAAGUGUCUGAAUUUUGUG